AUGUCCGCUUCCCUUAUCAUAGGUGCUAAAGCACCAGUGAUCGCUUAUCCAGAGUUGAUCGCGGCACGCAAAGUUAACGCUUCUAAAGGUGAUAACACUAUCGAAAUCUCUUUUGUUGAAGAUAAGAAAGCCGCAGCAGCUUCUUUCAAUGGUGAGACUGAGGACGUCUUGACGAAGCUCAGCGCUGCUUACCCAGAUAUUCUGAACGACAAUUCUGAUUCCUCUGCUGAAUGGAUUGAAUUUGGUGCUAAGCAACUUGUCAUCAAGAAUUUCCAACAACUUGCUGAAUCUUUGGCUAAGUUAAACGCUCAUUUGAACCUUAGAACAUACAUUUUGAAUACAUUGGAACCUUCUUUGGCUGAUAUUGCUGUAUGGGGUUACUUAAGAUCUAAUGGUAUGGUUGGUUCUAUCAUCAAGAACAAGGUUUACAUCAACGUCUCCCGUUGGUACUCCACUUUUGAGUUAAUUCCAGAAUUCGGUCAAGCUCAUGAAUUUUUGACUAAGUCUUUACAAGAAUUGAAGAAGGCCUCAAAUGUUAACAAGAAGAAGGAAACUCACAAGGCCAACUUCGAAAUCGGUUUACCAGACGCUAAGGUCGGCGAAGUUGUCACUCGUUUCCCACCUGAACCUUCUGGAUAUUUGCACAUUGGACAUGCUAAGGCAGCCUUGUUGAACCAGUACUUUGCUCAGGCCUACAAAGGUAAGUUGAUCAUCAGAUUUGAUGAUACCAAUCCAUCCAAGGAAAAGGAAGAAUUCCAAGACUCUAUCUUGGAAGAUUUAGAACUAUUGGGUAUUAAGGGUGACAGAAUCACUUACUCCUCAGACUAUUUCCAAGAAAUGUACGACUACUGUGUUCAAAUGAUCAAAGAAGGUAAGGCUUACUGUGACGACACUCCAACUGAAAGGAUGAGAGAAGAACGUACUGAAGGUAUUCCAUCAAGCAGAAGAGAAAGAACUGUGGAAGAAAAUUUGAAGAUCUUCACUGAAGAGAUGAAGAAUGGUACAGAGGAAGGUUUGAAGAACUGUGUCCGUGCUAAGAUUGACUAUGAAGCUCUGAACAAGGCCAUGAGAGACCCUGUCAUUUACAGAUGCAAUUUGACGCCACAUCAUAGAACUGGUACUGCAUGGAAGAUCUACCCUACAUACGACUUCUGUGUUCCUAUUGUUGACUCCUUGGAGGGUGUUACUCACGCUUUGCGUACUAUUGAGUACAGAGAUCGUAACCCACAAUAUGACUGGAUGUUAAAUGCCCUUCAUUUAAGAAAGGUUCACAUUUGGGAUUUCGCUCGUGUCAAUUUUGUUAGAACACUGUUGUCCAAGAGAAAGUUGCAAUGGUUGGUCGACAAGGACAUUGUAUCUAACUGGGAUGAUCCAAGAUUCCCAACCGUCAGAGGUGUUAGAAGAAGAGGUAUGACCAUUGAAGGUUUGAGAAACUUUGUUUUGUCUCAAGGUCCAUCCAGAAAUGUUAUUAACUUGGAAUGGAACUUGAUUUGGUCAUUUAACAAAAAGGUUAUUGAUCCAGUUGCCCCAAGGCACACUGCUAUUGUUUCCCCAGUUAAAGUACACUUGGAAGGUGAUGACGUGCCUCAAACACCAAACGUUGAAAUGAAGUUAAAACACAAGAAAAACCCUGCUAUCGGUGAAAAGAAGGUCAUCUACUACAAGGAUAUAGUUAUUGACGAAGAAGAUGCUAAAUUGUUAUCUGAAGGUGAAGAGGUUACUCUAAUGGACUGGGGUAAUGCUAUCAUCACCAAGAAAAACGAUGAUGGUUCCUUCAACGCUAAACUUCAUUUGGAAGGUGACUUCAAGACCACUAAAUUCAAGUUAACCUGGUUGGCUGAUACCGACGACAAGGUCGAAGCUGAUUUGGUUGACUUUGACCACUUAAUCUCUAAAGAUAAGUUGGAAGAAGGCGAAAACUUCGAAGACUUCCUAACUCCUAAAACUGAAUUCCACACUACAGCUUACGCUGAUUUAAAUGUUAAAGACAUGAAGGUUGGUGACAUCAUUCAGUUCGAGAGAAAGGGUUACUUCAGAUUGGACUCUCUACCAAAGGAUGGAAAGCCAUAUGUUUUCUUUACCAUUCCUGAUGGUAAAUCCGUCAACAAGUAUGGUGCAAAGAAAUGA